UACGGAUUAAAUUGGAUAGGAAGGUGCAUUCUGUGUAUACUUACGUUCCUUAUACUAUGGCAAGGCAAAAGUGGCAAUAACAUUUUUAGUGUAAAGUUUAUGUAUUUUCCUUCCUUGAUUUUCGCUAAGAAAUCAUGACUAAAUUUUGUUUAAAAGAUAGCGAGCAAUACUAUCUCGCACUUUCAGAACAGCCAAAGCGUUUUGAUGUCGACAGUCCUGCGACAAACGUGUUUUUUGAUGAUGGAAACGGGCAGGUAUUCACAGUUCGGUCAGGUGGAGUGACCGGCGUGACAGUGACUGGGAUGGACGAGACGAAAUGCACUUCGUUCAGAAUGGAGGACAGAGGUCCCAUUAUAUCCAUAAAAUUUUCACCAGACCACAAAGUCUUAGCAAUACAAAGGAAUCAGGACUUGCAGAAUGCUACAGUGGAGUUUGUCAACUUUAAAGAUUUGGCUCCAACCAAUGUAGGGUAUUCACAUACUUGUAAAUGGAAGAAUGCAAAGAUUCUUGGGUUUGUUUGGCCAAGAGUGAAUGAGAUAGCAUUCAUCACUGAUCAUGGAAUUGAGUUGUUGCAAGUUCUGCCUGAAAAGAAAAUAUUGAAGAAUUUGAAGAGCACUUCAUUUAGUGGUGCUUGGUUCUCGUGGUGCCCCCAGAGCUCAACUGUGCUGCUAGCGGGCAACAACGGAACUCUGCUGCAACCAUUCCUCUUGAACCACUCCACAAUCACCAAAUUACAAAAACUGGAACUGGAAGCGGGCAGGCCGGUGGAGGAGCGGGACGUGGCGCUGCUGCGGGCGGGUGACGUCACGUGGUGCGCCGUGUUCCGGCACGGCGCCGGCGUCCCGCCCCCGCCCACUGAGGUGUUGUUGUUGCCGGUGAGCGGCGCGGCGCAGAGCCACGUGCUGCGGACGGGAGUGGCCGGUCGGUUCGCGGCGCACGUGGUCGGCGACCUCGUGCUCGUGCAUCAUCAGUCGUCGCAGACGUCGCAGCUGUUCGACGUGCUGGAGCCGCAGACGACGCAUGCGCCGGUCGUCGCGGCGCAGCCCAUACGGCCCGCCAGCGUCGCCGGACAACUGUGCCCGAUGUAUUCCAGCAACUGGGUAGUGUUCCAGCCGGACUAUAUCAUCGACGCGCGGCUCGGCUGCCUCUGGCGUGUCGAUCUCAUCCCUUCCGGACUCGCGCAUAAUGUAGUAAAAGAGGAGCUUCCCCGUCUCGUGUCGGUGUUGCUGCGGCGGACGCAGGCCCGCGACACGAUCUACCGCAUUCUGCAUCAGCUGAUAUCAGACGCCGGGCUCUACCUCGUCGAGCUAUCGCAGGUCUUCGAUGAAAUCAAUUCGGUUUACAGAAAGUGGGUGGAGUCGGAAGUGGCGCGAAACACGGCGGGGCUGCCGGAAGCAAGCGCGCGGCCGGCGCCGGAGCCGGCGCUGGUGUCGCAGGCCGACAUGUGUGGCGCCGUACUGCAUGCACACUCGGAUGACAAGUACGCGGUGCAGGUAGUGACAGCGUACAUCGCGUCCCUGUCGCGACACAACCUCGCAGUGCAGCACGCGACCGCGGAGCUGGCCGUGCGCGCGCUCGUGACGCGACGCGCGAGCGGCCGCCUGCGGGCGCUGGUCCGGCGCGGGGGACUCGGAGACUGCAGGCCGCUGGCGUGCCAGCUGCUGUCGCUGGGCCACCUCGACCCGCCCGCCGCGCAGCUCGCGCUUGACAUGCUGGCCCGACUCAACGCACAUGAGGAGAUCGUGGAGGUGCUGCUGAGCUGGGACGAGCCGACGGGCGCGGUGGGCGCGGCGCGGCAGGCGGCGGGCGUGUGGCCGGCGCUGGCGGCGCGCAAGCUGCUGGCGGCCGCGCAGCAGCACGCGCAGCGCCGCGCGCGCCCCGCCGUCUUCGUCGCCGUCUACCACCAGCUGCUGGCGCGCAACGAGCGGCUGCGGGGCUCGCCGCACUUCCUCAAAGGAGAACAAUGCGACAGCUACGUGGAAUAUUACAAGAAACUGACGUCGGACUCUGAAGAAGCCUAAAUUAUGAACCUCGAGAUUAAACGGUAUGUUGUAUGUAGGUAUACCGCUACGGCCCAGCUGACAAGUUAUUUCAACAGAAAGUAGUAAGAAAAAUUUAUUACGCACUAAACAUUCCUAAUCUUUAAUCUAAUCUCAUCAAGUAACUCGUAAUGAGCUCGUAAGGUUUUUAGUCCACAGAUAUGUAAAAUGUAAAUACUGGAAUGUAUAUUGUGUUAUAUUGUGAUAUAAAAACGUACAUGUUA